CCCAGCGCAUCGUCCGGCGCGCGGCUGGGCCGUCGGUGGCGGCUGUCGCGGGGAUCGCUGCUUGAGCCGCGGGGUCCGCCGUCGCUCCCUCCGCCCUUCGCCCUUCGUCUCGUCCCGGCCUUCGCGGCCCGACGCCGGCUGGGCAUGGUGCGGUCGGCGCGCCCUGCGUGGCCCCGCUGAGCCUCCGCGGCGGCGAGCGCGGCUCGGGAUCACCAUGCCUACCCGAGUGUGCUGCUGCUGUUCUGCUUUGCGUCCUCGUUACAAACGCCUGGUGGACAACAUUUUUCCUGAAGACCCCAAAGAUGGCCUUGUUAAAGCUGAAAUGGAGAAAUUGACAUUUUAUGCAGUAUCAGCCCCAGAAAAACUGGAUCGAAUUGGUUCUUACCUGGCAGAAAGGUUGAGCAGGGAUGUUGUCAGACAUCGAUCUGGGUAUGUUUUAAUUGCUAUGGAGGCAUUGGACCAACUUCUUAUGGCUUGUCAUUCUCAAAGCAUCAAGCCAUUUGUAGAAAGCUUUCUUCAUAUGGUAGCAAAGCUGCUGGAAUCAGGGGAACCAAAGCUUCAAGUUCUUGGAACAAAUUCUUUUGUUAAGUUUGCAAAUAUUGAAGAGGACACACCCUCCUAUCAUCGACGUUAUGACUUUUUUGUAUCUCGAUUCAGUGCCAUGUGUCAUUCCUGUCAUAGUGAUCCUGAAAUACGAACAGAAAUCCGAAUUGCUGGAAUCAGGGGUAUUCAAGGUGUGGUUCGCAAAACAGUUAAUGACGAACUUCGGGCUACCAUUUGGGAACCCCAGCAUAUGGAUAAGAUUGUUCCAUCUCUUCUGUUUAACAUGCAAAAGAUAGAAGAGGUCGACAGUCGAAUAGGCCCUCCUUCUUCUCCUUCCACAGCUGAGAAAGAAGAGAAUCCUUCUGUGCUGGCUGAAAACUGUUUUAGAGAACUGCUGGGCCGAGCAACUUUUGGGAAUAUGAAUAAUGCUGUUAGACCAGUUUUUGCACACCUAGAUCAUCAUAAACUAUGGGAUCCCAAUGAAUUUGCAGUUCACUGCUUUAAAAUUAUAAUGUAUUCCAUUCAGGCUCAGUAUUCUCACCAUGUGAUCCAGGAGAUUCUAGGACACCUUGAUGCACGUAAAAAAGAUUCUCCACGAGUUCGAGCAGGUAUUAUUCAGGUUCUGUUAGAGGCUGUCGCCAUUGCUGCUAAGGGUUCCAUAGGCCCCACAGUGCUGGAAGUUUUCAACACCCUAUUGAAGCAUCUGCGUCUCAGUGUUGAAUUUGAAGCUAAUGAUUUACAGGGAGGAUCUGUAGGCAGUGCCAACUUGAACACAAGUUCCAAAGACAAUGAUGAGAAGAUUGUGCAGAAUGCUAUUAUCCAAACAAUAGGAUUUUUUGGAAGUAACCUACCAGAUUAUCAGAGGUCAGAAAUCAUGAUGUUCAUUAUGGGGAAAGUACCUGUUUUUGGAACAACCACCCAUAAUUUGGAUAUCAGUCAACUAGGGGAUUUGGGAACCAGGCGGAUUCAGAUAAUGUUACUGAGAUCUUUACUCAUGGUGACCUCUGGAUACAAAGCAAAAACAAUUGUUACUGCACUACCUGGGUCUUUUCUGGAUCCUUUGUUAUCACCCUCUCUCAUGGAAGACUAUGAACUGAGACAGUUAGUUUUGGAAGUAAUGCAUAAUCUUAUGGAUCGCCAUGACAACAGAGCAAAACUUCGCGGGAUCAGAAUAAUACCAGAUGUAGCUGACCUAAAGAUUAAAAGAGAAAAAAUUUGUAGACAAGACACAAGUUUCAUGAAAAAGAAUGGGCAACAACUAUACAGGCACAUAUAUUUGGGCUGUAAAGAGGAAGACAAUGUUCAGAAAAACUAUGAGCUACUUUAUACUUCUCUUGCUCUAAUAACUAUUGAACUGGCCAAUGAAGAAGUGGUUAUUGAUCUCAUUCGAUUAGCCAUUGCUUUACAGGACAGUGCAAUUAUCAAUGAGGAUAAUUUGCCGAUGUUCCAUCGCUGUGGAAUCAUGGCACUGGUUGCAGCAUACCUCAACUUUGUAAGUCAGAUGAUAGCUGUCCCUGCGUUUUGCCAGCAUGUUAGCAAGAUUAUUGAAAUUCGAACUAUGGAAGCCCCUUAUUUUCUACCAGAGCAUAUUUUCAGAGAUAAGUGCACGCUUCCAAAGUCUUUAGAGAAGCAUGACAAAAGUUUGUACUUUCUGACCAACAAGAUUGCAGAGUCAUUAGGUGGAAGUGGAUACAGUGUGGAGAGAUUGUCGGUACCAUAUGUGCCACAAGAAACAGAUGAAGAUCGGCUUUCUAGAAGAAAGAGUAUUGUGGACACUGUGUCCAUUCAGGUGGAUAUUUUACCCAGCAAUGUUCCUUCUGAUGAUGUGGUUAGUAACACUGAGGAAAUCACCUUUGAAGCACUGAAGAAAGCAAUUGACACCAGUGGAAUGGAAGAACAAGAGAAAGAAAAGAGGCGUCUUGUGAUAGAGAAAUUCCAGAAAGCACCUUUCGAAGAAAUAGCAGCACAGUGUGAAUCCAAGGCAAAUUUGCUUCAUGAUAGACUUGCUCAGAUUUUGGAACUCACCAUACGUCCUCCUCCAAGUCCGUCAGGAACACUGGCCAUUACUUCUGGACAUGCCCAAUACCAGUCUGUCCCGGUUUAUGAGAUGAAGUUUCCAGAUCUGUGUGUGUACUGAAUGGCUCAUGAAGACCUCAGCAUAGUGUUUUAAAGCCUAAAAAUUAAGGCCAAGCUGAGUUUUCAGGGUUUACUUGAUGCAUAUUAACAUACAUAUUGGAAAUAGUGAUGGAACUUAUCUUUAACCAAAUGCUCGGCAUACCAUAAUAGAAAUUUUAGAACUGUAUAUUAUUUAGACUACUUUUCAAGAUAGAUUUCUGCCAUGUUAAUUUCUUUGGGGAUUCCUGUUGUUUUUAAAGUUGAACAUGUAUUGGUCCACUGUUAAACAGUAUAUUUUAAACUUCCCAAAGACAUGUAAUUUUUUUUAAAAAUUUAAGCCUUGCAAGGGUUAAAAAUGUAUGAAGUGACCACUGUAUUUCUUCAGCAUCUACACAACUGCUUGGAAAUAGAAUUGCUUUUGUUUUUGGUCUGCAAAAGCAAAUACGUACAAUAUAUUACUAAUCAUGGGGCUGCAAAACUAUUCUGUGGCUUUUUGUCCCCAUGCUUUAGAUGAGUUGUGAUAGGCAUCUAUUUACUAUAAUGACAUGACUGGCAUUCCUCAACUUGUUUACAGUAAGAAGAUAUCUAUUGAAUAGUAUUCCUAGAAUACGAUCCUAAAAAUCGCCAUACUUGAGGCAUCCAGUUGUAAUACUGUGUCUCCUGCCGAGAGUUUCACUAUUCUACUUGAGAGGCUUAGAGCUUACUCUAGGAGUACCGAACUGUGCAAUAUUUUUUUACAUCUUAAGAUGUAUUAGUUUAUAGGCUAUGCUUUGAAAUUAUAGUAGUAUUUUGUUGUGGCACCAUUAAUUAAAUGAGAUAUAUAUUUAGUAUAGGAAAAAAAGAGACAUUUAAACACCUACUAGUUCACCUGUGAGGAGUCUGUACAUUUCAAUUAAGAGCACAUUAAAAUGCAUUUUUACAUUGUGCAUUGUUUUGUACCCUUGUAGUCAAAAAUUCCCCAAUAGACUUAAUUUGUAAGAUUUGAACCGUAACUUGUAUGCAGCUCUGUUUAGGAUUAGUUAUAUUACACUUGAAAAGAGUGCCUGUAGUUUUAGCAAUCAAGUGUGCUAAGGAUUGUCAGUUUAAGCUUCUAUUGCUUUAAACUACACAGAUUUCAUGCACAUUUACAUAUGCAUUGACAGACCCAUAGUGGUUUCUUAAAAUUAUGUACAUUUUAGUGAAUUCCAUGACAUGAUAAGAAAUAACAGCUUUCUUUGAAAAUCAUAAAAUUCUCUUCGGACACUUUUAUAAAAUCACCUUUUUAUAAUUCUGCUAUCUUUUCCAAUCAGAUUUCUUUUUACAUAAAACAAUAUACGUAUCACAAACUAUAGCUUAAAGCAAUUCCAUUUUUGUUUUUGUUUUUGUUUGAAAAAUUGCAGUGAAGAAUAGGAUGUUAUCACCUUGUGUUUAUGAUUAUUGGGCACCUUUAUUAGAAACAGAAAAUAGUAAGGAAAUAGAACAAGCAUAUGUGAAAAUUUUUGAAUAUUUAAAUCAAAGUGCCCUCAUUCCUUGAACAAUGAAAAAGAUUCUAGUCACUUAGAUUUAUACAAGGACACCAACCACCCUGGACUGCUCAUUAAAUGUGGAUGAGCAAGACUUUGUUUCAGUGUGAUAGUGUAGUCACCAGUGGAGGAUUUACUCACCAUAUUGCAGCUGACACUGUAGCUUCACUUGAUCAGGUAAAAUGUUUUACCAUUUAACAGGCCAAGUUUUAUGUUUUUUUUCUUUUCCCUUUUUUCUUCUGUAUGUUUAGAGCAGGUAUUAAAUUUUAACUGCAUUUUAAGAAAUCUAAGCAGGGGAACAUGCAAAAACAAUCAUCAUCCACUUGGAUGUCAUUUUAUAGAUUAACACUGUGUGCUUUUGUAUGAAAAAAUAUAUAAUUUAAUAGUAUAAGAAAAGAAGGUAUAUAUUCAUUUGCACUCAUGAAAAACACAAACUUAGCUCUACAAAAUUUCUUCUUUCUCCGAGAUUUAAAACUGCAUGUAUUGCAUGUAAAGGAAAAUCAUUGAAAUUAAUGUUUAUCGCCCCUUUCUGUUGGUCUCUUUGCAAACUGUUGAUUUAGGCUUAGUGGGGUUUAUUGUUGUUUGUUUGUUGUUUUCUUUUAAAUCACAGAAGAUUUCUAUGUAUCCUGAACUGGUCUUGUUAACAAUGAUUCUUGAGAAUUGGACUUUUUCUUUGAUUUGUUCCUUCCAUGGUGCAGGUAAUUCUGCAGGUAAAAGACAGGUAUACUGUAUUUUAACCAGUUUGGAUAUUGGAAGAUUAGGAUUUGUUAAGUUCACUGUAUUGCUUUAUUUUUGUAGAUAUUUAAAAUCCUUAAUAAACUGUAAGUCAUUC